CCCGGUCUCCAUUCUGUGCCGUGUGUCAGCUCUAGAGGAGAGAGGAAUAGACACGGGAGGGGAGGGAGGAGAGCGGAGUCCAAACAAAAGCAGGACACCGAGCGGUGUGGAAGUUCCCUGCCUCGGUUCCAGACCCCCCCCUCCGGGAGAGCGAUCCGUGCGAGGCUUGGAUCCUAACAGCCAACCAACCUUCCCCCCCCCUCACCCCCUUCCUCCCUCCCUGCUUGGAGGCUCGGUCCGGAUCCGGACGGAUUGCUGCGCCCUGGAAUUAUCGGAGCCGCAACAAAGGCAGGAGAGAGAGAGAGAAGAAGAACAAUAAGAGUUCCCUGUGCGCUGCAAGAACACAGCGCAGGGUGCACGGCUCUGCUCCUGGAGAUGGAUGAUCAGCCCAGGCUAAUGCACAGCCACCCAGGGGUGGGGAUGGCAGGUCACCCCAGCCUGUCCCAACACAUGCAGGAUGGCACUGGGGCCACCGAAGGGGAGGGGGGCAGGAAGCAGGACAUAGGGGAUAUAUUACAGCAAAUUAUGACCAUCACUGAUCAGAGCCUGGAUGAGGCACAGGCCAGGAAACAUGCCCUUAACUGCCACAGAAUGAAGCCGGCGCUCUUCAAUGUGCUUUGUGAAAUUAAAGAAAAGACAGUGCUCAGUAUUCGGGGAGCGCAGGAGGAGGAGCCAGCAGAUCCACAGCUGAUGAGGUUGGAUAACAUGCUAUUGGCGGAAGGUGUAGCGGGCCCUGAAAAAGGCGGAGGUUCCGCAGCGGCCGCCGCAGCAGCCGCCGCCUCCGGUGGAGCGGGGUCAGAUAACUCAGUGGAACAUUCAGAUUACAGAGCAAAACUAUCCCAGAUUCGACAAAUCUACCACACAGAGCUAGAGAAAUAUGAGCAGGCCUGUAACGAAUUCACAACACAUGUGAUGAAUCUGUUGCGAGAACAGAGCCGGACCAGACCUAUUUCCCCCAAAGAGAUUGAACGCAUGGUUGGAAUUAUCCACAGAAAGUUUAGCUCUAUCCAGAUGCAGCUGAAGCAAAGCACAUGUGAAGCUGUAAUGAUUCUUCGCUCUCGCUUCCUCGAUGCUCGGCGGAAGAGGAGAAACUUUAACAAGCAAGCAACAGAAAUCUUGAAUGAGUACUUCUACUCACACCUCAGUAACCCUUACCCCAGCGAAGAGGCCAAAGAGGAGUUAGCCAAGAAGUGUGGCAUAACCGUGUCACAGGUAUCAAACUGGUUCGGAAAUAAGCGAAUCCGCUACAAGAAGAACAUAGGUAAAUUCCAAGAGGAAGCCAAUAUUUAUGCUGCCAAAACAGCUGUGACUGCUACCAAUGUGUCAGUUCACGGAAGUCAAGCCAAUUCGCCCUCAACUCCCAGUUCUGCUGGAAACAAACAGACGGAACGCGGGGCAUUGCAACCACAAAACAAAGUGCAGUUCCUGUCACCACAGAACCUCGGUUCUUCCACUUCUUUUAACAUGCCAAACUCUGGAGAUUUGUUCAUGAACGUGCAGUCUCUCAAUGGAGAUUCUUACCAAGGUGCCCAAGUUGGAGCCAACGUACAGUCACAGGUGGAUACCCUUCGCCAUGUUAUCAGUCAGACAGGCGGAUACAGUGAGACUCUGACAGCAAAUCAGAUGUACAGUCCGCAGGGCAUCAGUGCUAACGGAGGGUGGCAGGAUGCAGCCACUCCUUCAUCUGUGACUUCCCCUACGGAAGGACCUGGCAGUGUCCACUCUGAUACCUCCAACUGAGCAGCCGGCUCCUGAAUUUUCACUCUUGAAAGCCAGAUUCCAUCCCUUCCCUCUCACUCCAGAUGGCCACUGUGGGAAUGCAGCAAACACAAUGACCUCUUUUGGCAUACCCAUUGGCAGCUCCCCCACCCCUUCAUUUUUAAUCACCACCACUCCUCCUUUUAUGUCAAUGAUUCACUUUUGUAUAGCCCACACCCAUAAUUGAUUUUCCACAUUAUAGGGAUAGAGAGUUUUGUGUGAGUAGCAGAUGACUACCAGUACAUAUCAAUCAAUACUAAAUAACAAACUCAUUUAAAUAUGGCUGUAGCUGUGAACAGAAACAGCCAUAUUUAAAAGUUAGUAUAAUGUCUAAAAAUAAUUGAUAUUUAUAAAGACUGUGCUGUUUUUUAAUUUUCAUUUGGCUUAUACUGCACCCCUCAUAUACAUUUAAGAUGUAGCUAAGGGCCAAAAAUGCAUCUUGUGAACAUCUUAGUCUAACAUUGCUUCUACUGCAGUCAUUCUCCCCUCUGAAUCUUUGGACUGAGCCAUGGAUAUUGCUAUACCGUUGACCUCUGUUUUUCUGCACAAUACUCGAUCCAUUUAAAUGUGCCUGGUGUCUUCUCUUCUGAAGGAACCCUGUUUGCCCCUCAGCAAGUAGCCCUGAGAAACCAUUAUUCCUGUUCUCGCUAGGUAGACCAUCACAAGGGAAUGCUUGACAAACACUAAAAUUUGACCAGGCCUGAUGGUUGCUGGAUGUACUGCUGGUAAAAUAAUUUCCCUGUAUCUGCAGACCUUAUUUCUACUUUGGGUAUGGAUGGUUCUGUUCUUCAGACAUUGGUUUGUCCUACAAGAAGCCCAGCACAGCUAAGUCAUCAGUACAGAUUUCUGUAGUCCCCGCCACCAAGCUACAGCUUUGUCCACUGUAACUGCCUUCAGAAUUGAACUGCUACAUUUUCUCGAAGACUUCCGUAACACGGCUCCAAGUACACCACCGCUAUCGUAUCAGGCCUUUACGUGUACUCCACACCAUGUUCUGUAAUAUCACCAUGCUGCUUCACCAACCAACUCUACACGUACCAGUUCCCAAUUUAGCAUCAAGUAUCUCUUUCCAGAAAGCUUGCUUUAUUUCCAGACCAAUUCUGUUUCCGUCCAGACCACAGUUCUUCAUUACAACUCCGGAUCCACUAAGAUUGGCCACCUGCAACUCACUUUUUCCAAACUUUCUUUCCAUCUCAUGCGUUCAAAUUUAGUUGAAGGAAUAGAACCAUACAGUGUUGUUGCAUUUAUCAGACAUCAUUAUGUCAUUGAAUAUUCUCAUUGUCUGGCAAGAUCUCUAAAGACACCCACAUGCGGUGUCCCAAAUCAACGUUUGAUACCAAAAAUCCGCAUGUACUCGCACAGAGGAAAGACGGACAAAGAGGGAAGUGCUCAGCUUUAUUAACAUUCACUGCGGUUUCACAUAACUUGUGUAUCGUCGAUUGUUAUAUUUCAGAUAAACAUUUGAUGCUGGAUGUUCUUGUAUAUUCUGAAGAAAACAAAAAGACACAAGAUAAAAAAAAGACAUGAAACAGCCAAAAAUUGUCCUGGGUUUAAUAAUGUUUAUUACUAAAAGGAGAUAAAAAAAAAUAUGAAAAAAAUUGUCCUGUUGCAGAGAUCACACCCGUUUAGCAUGGAAAUAGGUUGCUGAUUUCUAUUUUAUGUCUUUCAUAUUUCUUGCUUAGUUUUAACACGAAAGAAAAAA